AUGCCAGACAUCGCCUGGGAGAUUAGGAGCGGUUACGGGUGGCCUAUGAGACGGAUUCUGAAUUUUCUGGAUGCUUUCACCUUCCGCGGAAUUCUAUACCUGACAUCUAUGGAAAGCAACGAAUUCUCAGCCCUCGAAAGGUUGGUUCUCAGGAGUCUAUAUGCAUAUCGUGGUGGGCGGUCCACGCCGAAGGUUACUAUCGUAACUACCAAGUGGGAUUGCAUGGAUGAAAGUGGGAUUGCUGAGAAGCUGCAGUGUGUCAACAAUUGGAAAUUUGAUGAGUCGGUUAAGGAUUUGCUGAUGGACGGGCCUCGCAUUUAUCAUCAUGGUCUUGUGCAGCAGAGUGGCACAUACAGGACACUUCACCUUACAAUGGACGAUGCGGCUAGAAGGUUGCUAGCCCGGACUAUGAUUCUGGAGCACUACUUCGAGCCGUCAGGUCUGAUUGCUUAUCGUCUGCCGCACACUCAAAUUGGAUCUCUUCUUCAGCAGAUAAAAUCUGCAAACAAGCAGAAGGAAUCUGAUUAUCCAACUGAAGCAUGCAAAGACGAUAGCAGACUGAAUUGCAAUGAAUUACGAGAUGCCAUUCAAGAAAUCCUCGAUGAACAUACUAUGGAACAACAUCAAGGCACGGAUCGAGAUUGUAGCGAAGAAUGUCAAUUCGCAGCCAUAUCCAGAGGCAUUGAAGCGUUAACCCUUGGCGAUGUUCAAGACCUUGAAGGUGUUUGA